AUCCAUUGAAAAAACACAUGGAUUUCAUUUUCCACUGAAAACACAUUUCGAAUGCAAUGAAAUCUCAAUUACAUUAUACAUUACACUACAUUUAGCAGACGCUUUUGACCAAAGCGACUUACAAGGAGGACAUGUAAUCAAGUACAGCGUGUACAGAGUACAGUAGUGAUGUAGAACAGAUAGAGAACAGAAAAAUAAUGGAGGACCUAUGAAGUGGUUCUGUGGUGAAGUGUUGCCAGAUGUGUAUGAUCAAAUCCUGCCCAAAAGGUUCUAAAAAAAACACCAGAAUGCGCUAAAUUCCGCUCAAUUUCAACAAAUUGCAUUGAUUUCUAUGGGCACAAAACUGCAGAAAAAAACGCCAAAUGGCCAAUUUUUCCCGUUUUUACCUGCAGACGGCCAUCCCAAGUAGCCCAAUUGGGCGGGUAACCGCCCAAUCUGGCAACACUGGUGGUAUUGUGUGGGCACAGUGUGUGUUUCUUAAACCUCAAGAGCACAUCCCCUUAAUGAAUGGUAAAAAUAAUUCAAGGUGAAAUCAGAGGGCAGCACCAGCCGUCCCAUUUCUCAUGCCCAAAUCAAGCGGGACUGAUGUGCUGACUGGCCACAAGUGUGUCUAUAUAAACAAGCAGCCUUGGGGUCUUAAGGCUUCAGGCAGACCAUCAUCCUCUAAAAGCUCAUUGUUCUGCUGCAGCUUCUGUUUUCUUCAUUGGGGAAGUGACAAGCACAGUACCACCAUGGGGGAUGGAGAAAUGGAGUGCUUUGGGGCUGCGGCCAUCUACCUCCGGAAACCGGAGAGGGAACGCAUUGAGGCCCAGACCAAACCAUUUGAUGCCAAAACGGCUUUCUUUGUGGUUGACAAAGAAGAGGAUUAUGUCAAAGGAACUCUCGAGAAAAGGGAGGGUGGCAAAGUCACUGUCAAAACUCUGGAGGGGGGAAAGGUAGUCACAGUGAAAGAGGAUGAAAUCUUCCCCAUGAAUCCUCCAAAGUAUGACAAAAUUGAGGACAUGGCCAUGAUGACCCACCUCCACGAGCCUGGUGUGCUAUACAACCUCAAAGAGCGUUAUGCGGCAUGGAUGAUCUAUACCUACUCUGGGUUGUUCUGCGUCACUGUGAACCCAUACAAGUGGCUCCCCGUGUACGAUGCCAUGGUCGUUAAUGGAUACAGAGGCAAAAAGAGGAUUGAGGCUCCACCUCACAUCUUUUCUAUCUCUGAUAACGCCUAUCAGUUCAUGCUCCAAGAUCGUGAAAAUCAGUCUGUUCUCAUCACUGGAGAAUCCGGUGCAGGAAAAACUGUAAACACCAAGCGUGUCAUCCAGUACUUUGCAACAAUUGCAGUUGCUGGAGGAAAGAAAGCUGAACAGCCGCAAAAGGCUGGAAAAAUCCAGGGGUCACUGGAGGACCAGAUCAUUGCAGCCAACCCUCUACUGGAGGCCUAUGGUAAUGCCAAGACUGUGAGGAAUGAUAACUCCUCUCGUUUUGGUAAAUUCAUCAGAAUCCAUUUUGGCACAACUGGCAAACUGGCUUCUGCUGAUAUUGAGACUUACCUGCUGGAGAAGUCAAGAGUGACAUUCCAGCUGUCUGCUGAGAGGAGCUACCAUAUCUUCUACCAACUUCAGACUGGGCACAAGGCUGAGCUCAUUGAGGCCCUUCUGAUCACCACCAAUCCCUACGAUUUCCCCAUGAUCAGCCAGGGCGAAAUCACUGUCAAGAGCAUCGAUGACGUUGAGGAACUCAUUGCCACCGAUACGGCUAUUGACAUCCUGGGCUUCACUGCUGAGGAGAAGAUUGGCAUCUACAAGCUCACUGGUGCUGUGAUGCAUCAUGGCAGCAUGAAGUUCAAGCAGAAGCAAAGAGAGGAACAGGCUGAGCCUGAUGGCAAUGAGGUCGCCGAUAAAAUUGCCUACCUCAUGGGCCUAAAUUCUGCUGAAAUGCUGAAGGCUCUUUGCUAUCCAAGAGUGAAGGUUGGAAAUGAAUUUGUGACCAAAGGCCAAACUGUCCCACAGGUCAACAAUUCUGUCAUGGCUCUGUGCAAGUCAGUCUAUGAGAAGAUGUUCUUGUGGAUGGUCAUCCGUAUCAAUGAGAUGUUGGACACUAGACAGCCAAGACAGCAUUUCAUUGGUGUGCUGGACAUUGCUGGAUUUGAGAUUUUUGAUUUCAACAGCUUGGAACAGCUGUGCAUCAACUUCACCAACGAGAAACUGCAACAGUUCUUCAACCAUCACAUGUUUGUGCUUGAGCAAGAGGAGUACAAGAAGGAGGGAAUUCAGUGGGAGUUCAUUGACUUCGGCAUGGAUCUGGCUGCUUGCAUUGAGCUUAUUGAGAAGCCAUUGGGCAUUUUCUCCAUCCUUGAAGAGGAGUGCAUGUUCCCCAAGGCUUCAGACACUACCUUCAAGAACAAGCUGUAUGACCAGCAUCUUGGUAAAACCAAGUGUUUUGAAAAACCCAAGCCAGUCAAGGGAAAACCAGAGGCUCACUUCUCCCUGGUGCACUAUGCUGGCACUGUGGACUACAACAUUAACGGCUGGCUAGACAAAAACAAAGACCCACUGAAUGACUCUGUUGUACAGCUUUACCAGAAGUCAGCAAUGAAACUGCUGGCCUUCUUGUAUGCCUCUCAUGCAAGUGUAGAAGCUGAGGGUGCUGGCGGCGGCAAGAAGGGUGGUGGCAAGAAGAAAGGUGGCUCCUUCCAGACUGUGUCUGCUCUGUUCAGGGAGAACUUGGGCAAGCUGAUGACCAACUUGAGAAGCACCCAUCCUCACUUUGUGCGCUGUUUGAUUCCCAAUGAGUCAAAGACUCCAGGUUUAAUGCAGAACUUCCUGGUACUUCACCAGCUGAGGUGUAAUGGUGUGCUGGAGGGUAUCAGAAUCUGCAGAAAGGGCUUCCCCAGCAGAAUCCAAUACGGUGACUUCAAACAAAGGUACAAAGUGCUGAAUGCCAGUGUAAUUCCUGAAGGACAAUUCAUUGACAACAAGAAGGCUUCUGAGAAGCUCUUGGGUUCCAUUGAUGUAGACCAUACCCAGUAUAUGUUUGGACACACCAAGGUGUUCUUCAAAGCUGGUCUGCUGGGUACCCUUGAGGAGAUGCGAGAUGACAAGUUGGCAAUCCUUGUCACAAUGACUCAGGCUCUUUGCCGUGGUUACGUGAUGAGGAAAGAGUUUGUCAAGAUGAUGGAGAGAAGGGAGGCUAUCUUCACUAUCCAGUACAACAUUCGCUCAUUCAUGAAUGUCAAAACCUGGCCAUGGAUGAGGGUCUAUUUCAAAGUCAAGCCUCUUCUGAAAAGUGCUGAAACUGAGAAGGAACUGGCUACCAUGAAAGAAAACUAUGGGAAAAUGAAGUCUGACCUGGAGACAGCCCAGGCAAAGAGGAAGGAAUUAGAGGAGAAGAUGGUUGCAAUACUGCAAGAGAAGAAUGAUCUGCAGUUAGCUGUAGCAGCUGAAACAGAGAGUCUCUCAGAUGCUGAGGAGAGAUGCGAGGGACUCAUUAAGAGCAAAAUCCAGAUGGAGGCCAAACUCAAAGAGACAACUGAGAGGCUGGAGGAUGAGGAGGAGAUCAAUGCCGAGCUCACUGCUAAGAAGAGGAAACUGGAGGAUGAGUGCUCUGAGCUGAAGAAGGACAUUGAUGACUUGGAGCUCACAUUGGCCAAAGUGGAGAAGGAGAAGCAUGCCACAGAAAACAAGGUUAAAAACCUGACGGAGGAGAUGGCCUCUCAGGAUGAAGCCAUUGCUAAACUGACCAAAGAGAAGAAAGCCCUCCAAGAGGCACACCAGCAAACUCUGGAUGACCUUCAAGCAGAGGAAGACAAAGUCAACACGCUGACCAAAUCCAAAACCAAACUUGAACAGCAAGUAGAUGAUCUGGAGGGCACGUUGGAGCAAGAGAAGAAGCUCCGCAUGGAUCUGGAAAGAGCCAAAAGGAAGCUUGAGGGAGAUCUGAAACUGGCUCAAGAAUCCAUAAUGGAUCUGGAGAAUGACAAGCAACAGUCUGAUGAGAAACUUAAAAAGAAGGACUUUGAAGUAAGUCAGUAUCUCAGCAAGAUUGAAGAUGAGCAAUCACUUGGAGCUCAACUUCACAAGAAGAUUAAAGAACUUCAGGCUCGCAUUGAGGAACUAGAAGAGGAAAUUGAAGCUGAGCGUGCUGCUCGGGCUAGGGUUGAGAAGCAAAGAUCUGAUCUUUCCAGGGAACUUGAGGAGAUCAGCGAGAGGCUUGAGGAGGCUGGUGGGGCCACUGCUGUUCAGAUUGAGAUGAACAAGAAGCGUGAGACUGAGUUCCAGAAGCUGCGUCGUGAUCUUGAAGAGUCCACCCUGCAGCAUGAGGCUACUGCCUCUGCUCUUCGCAAGAAGCAGGCUGACAGCGUGGCUGAAUUGGGAGAGCAAAUAGACAACCUCCAGCGUGUCAAGCAGAAGCUGGAAAAGGAAAAGAGUGAAUACAAAAUGGAGAUAGAUGACCUCUCCAGCAAUAUGGAAGCUGUGGCUAAGUCAAAGGCAAAUCUGGAAAAGAUGUGCCGCACCCUUGAAGAUCAAAUGAGUGUGCUCAAAUCCAAGAGCGAUGAAAAUGUGCGUAAGCUUAAUGAUUUAAGUGCACAGCGGGCAAGGCUUCAAACUGAAAAUGGUGAAUUUGGCCGCCAACUUGAGGAGAAGGAGUCUCUUGUCUCUCAGCUGACCAGAGCCAAACAGGGGUACGUCCAGCAGAUUGAGGAACUAAAGAGACAGGUUGAGGAGGAAGUUAAGGCCAAGAAUGCCCUGGCUCAUGCUGUCCAAUCAGCUCGUCAUGACUGUGAUCUGCUCAGAGAGCAGUAUGAGGAGGAGCAGGAGGCCAAGGCUGAGCUGCAGCGUGGAAUGUCCAAGGCCAACAGUGAGGUGGCUCAGUGGAGGUCCAAAUAUGAGACUGAUGCCAUCCAACGCACUGAGGAGUUAGAGGAGUCCAAGAAAAAGCUUGCACAGCGUCUCCAGGACGCUGAGGAGUCAAUUGAGGCUGUGAACUCCAAGUGUGCCUCUCUGGAGAAAACCAAACAGAGACUCCUGGGUGAAGUGGAGGAUCUCAUGAUUGAUGUGGAGCGUGCCAAUGCACUGGCUGCCAACCUUGAUAAGAAGCAGAGGAACUUUGACAAGGUCCUGGCAGAAUGGAAGCAGAAGUAUGAGGAGGGCCAAGCUGAGCUGGAAAGUGCCCAGAAAGAGGCUCGCUCUCUCAGCACUGAGCUCUUCAAGAUGAAGAACUCAUAUGAAGAGGCACUGGAUCAACUUGAGACCCUGAAGAGGGAGAACAAGAACUUGCAGCAGGAAAUUUCUGACCUAACUGAGCAACUCGGUGAAACUGGCAAGAGCAUUCAUGAGCUUGAGAAGGCUAAGAAGACUGUGGAGACUGAGAAAACAGAAAUACAAACUGCGCUGGAGGAGGCAGAGGGUACUCUUGAGCAUGAAGAGUCCAAGAUUCUUCGUAUUCAGCUGGAGCUUAACCAGGUGAAGAGUGAGAUUGACAGAAAACUGGCAGAGAAGGAUGAGGAGAUGGAACAGAUCAAGAGGAACAGCCAGAGGGUGAUCGACUCCAUGCAGAGCACUCUUGACUCUGAAAUCAGGAGCAGAAAUGAUGCCAUCAAAAUCAAGAAGAAGAUGGAAGGAGAUCUCAAUGAAAUGGAAGUUCAGCUAAGCCAUGCCAACCGCCAGGCAGCUGAAGCCCAGAAGCAACUCAGGAAUGUCCAAGGGCAUCUCAAAGAUGCCCAACUCCACCUUGAUGAUGCUCUCAGAGGACAAGAAGACCUGAAGGAGCAGUUUGCCAUGGUGGACCGUAGGAAUGGCCUCAUGAUAGCUGAGAUUGAGGAGCUGAGAGCUGCCCUAGAACAGACAGAGAGAGCCCGCAAACUGGCCGAGCAGGAACUGGUGGAUGCCAGCGAGCGUGUUGGAUUGCUGCAUUCACAGAACACAAGCCUUAUUAACACCAAGAAGAAGUUGGAGGCUGACCUGGUUCAGGUUCAGGGAGAGGUGGAGGACUCUGUUCAGGAGGCCAGAAAUGCAGAAGAGAAGGCCAAGAAGGCCAUCACUGAUGCUGCCAUGAUGGCUGAGGAGCUGAAGAAAGAACAGGACACCUGUUCUCAUCUGGAGAGGAUGAAGAAGAACCUGGAGGUCACUGUGAAGGACCUGCAGCACCGCCUGGAUGAGGCUGAGAACCUGGCCAUGAAGGGCGGAAAGAAGCAACUCCAGAAACUGGAGGCUAGGGUGCGUGAGCUGGAGGGUGAGGUUGAUGCAGAACAAAGACGUGGAGCUGAUGCUAUUAAAGGUGUCCGCAAAUAUGAGAGGAGAGUCAAGGAACUCACCUACCAGACUGAGGAGGACAAGAAGAAUAUCACCAGACUCCAAGACCUGGUGGACAAGUUGCAGCUGAAAGUAAAGGCCUACAAGAGACAGGCUGAGGAGGCUGAGGAGCAGGCCAACACUCACCUGUCCAGGUACAGUAAGGUGCAGCAUGAGCUUGAGGAGGCUGCAGAGCGUGCUGACAUUGCUGAGUCCCAGGUCAACAAGCUGAGGGCCAAGAGUCGUGAGGCUGGGAGGGGCAAAGAUGCUGAAUAACUGGUGUCGACUAAAGAGCAAGACCAAGGAAACUGCUGAGGAAUCAUAUAAUAUGCAUUCCUAAAUAAAGCCUUAUUAAUCCUUGAAUUUUUGUCUCCUUUUCCUUUUCUACACACCAACCAUCCAACCAACCAUCCGCACACUUUUUGGGCUUGCUAAAUAUCAAUAGCUUUUUCAACUUUGGUAAUGAAAAGCGUUGCUGCAAAUUUAGUUGAAAGCUGCAUCCUCGCGCACUGACCAAAAUUGCUACCUGAUAAAUCUCCAAUAAACAAUAUUUAACCUAAUGGAUGCAUGACCGAUCAUAACGUUCACUGUCUUUUAGCUGCUUCCGUAAAAUUAUGCUUCUCCACUUCAAAAUUAGUUCCGGUGCCCUUAGGUCAAUUGUACCUUUUUAAAUAUACUGUAUAUGUAUAUAUCUGGAAAUAGAUAUCUUAACUAAAAUACUAUUAGCAAUCCUCUAAGAAAAUAUAAGUUUAUACCACUGAUGUUGGCAAUUCAAUACAACACCAAAAAAAAAAAAAAAUUGAGAACAAUGUCUCUGGCAGCUUCGGUAGGUGGAAGCAUAAAACAGAAGUACUGUAGUCUGUUUGAGGUACACAGUCUAUGUAUUUAGGUUUAGGUCUUAAUUUGAGGUGUACUAUUAGAGUGCUAUGUACAGCAUAGUUCUGUAACAAUGCUAUUGUUUGAAGUACUAUUCCACCCUUUCUCUAUGCAGUUUUCUGCUACCUGAUUCAUGAUUCACACGGACACAACAGCAGUGGCAGCUCAAUGUUUCCUCAGAAUAUAGCAACCAACAUUGUCCAAAACAAUGACAGCACUUGAUACAAAUGACAAU